AUGGCAGAAUUUCGACAAUUCAAAAGCGAUACCUACGAAACGAGAACGACGAAUUCACCUGUGCUGACCUCAGUCAGGAUUGCACCGGCACGUCAAUUGAAACAUAUUCGACAAAAUGUUGAUGCUGCUUGUUCAAUACUUCAUACGCUUUGUGAUUUGCUUCUCGACGCCGAAGAUAAAUCAAUCAAUCAACAUCUUUCGAUUAAGGAUACAAAUGCAUUAUUAUCCGGUUUUAAUACUUUAUUUCAACAAAGUGGAGAUGUUGGACAAAUUCAUUUGUUAACAAUUUCAUCAAAUAGUUGGGGUUUUCUUGCAUUUCUUGAAUACUCUAAUGGAAAUAAACCUUUAUCUGAUAGUACAAUAAAAUUAGUAAUAGAAUUCUAUUUACAAGAUGAUAUUAGUAGAGCAUCAUCAAGAAAAAAAGAUGUUAUUCAAAUUAAUAAAGUGCCAGUACCUGUUCGAUUUAUGAAAAUAACAGGACGUGAAGCAUUUCAACAAUUUAUUAGUCAAAAUCUUACUAUUGACAUAGGUAAAUCUUCAUUCUAUGCAUUACGACAACGUCAAAUCAAAUUUAAUACUCCAUUGGAAACAUGUGGCUGGAAUAAAUUCUUAAAAAAUAAUUUACCUGAUCGUUAUGCUGAUCUUGAAUUAAUUACAGAUAAACAUUUAAUUAAUCGAAUUGUAUGUGGUAUUCCAUUUGAAGAUUGCUUUAAUCGUCAUUGUAACACCUGCAGUCUGCUAAAUCCAUCAGACAUUCUCUUAGAGAACAUUAACAUCAACAAAGAUGAAAAUGCUUCAUGGUCUCAAUGGAAAACUUUAAAUAAUAAAGUUGAUCUUCAUCAUAUUAAUGGUUUUGAUUAUUCACUUCUCGAUGAAAUAGAUUCACAAUGGACAACAUUUCUAUUGCAUUUACAUGUUACAACAGAACAAAAAGAAUAUAUGAAAAUUUCUCUGUUUAAAUUCAACUGA